GCCAGGGCGAGGGGGCGGGGAGGCCAGGGCUCCGGAGCAAGAUGGCGACGCGAGUGCUGCGCGCCCAAGGAGCGGCCGCGGCCCGAGGCCUCCUGCGGACGGCCGCCCCCUGCAGCCUGCUGCCCGGGCUCCGGAAACUGACAUCUUCCAGCAACAGACCUCGAGAAGACAGCUGGUUAAAAUCCUUAUUUGUCAGGAAAGUUGAUCCAAGAAAAGAUGCUCACUCCAAUCUCCUAGCCAAAAAGGAAACGAGCAGUCUGUACAAGUUACAGUUUCACAAUGUUAAACCGGAAUGCCUAGAAGAAUACAACAAAAUUUGUCAAGAGAUGUUACCAAAGGUUCAUGAAGAUAAACAUUAUCCUUGCACUUUGGUGGGAACUUGGAACACGUGGUAUGGCGAGCAGGAUCAAGCUGUCCACCUCUGGAGGUAUGAAGGAGGCUACCCCGCCCUCAUGGAGGUCAUGAGUAAACUAAAAGGAAAUGAGGAAUUUGCGAAUUUCCGUAAGGCAAGAAGCAACAUGCUUCUCUCUCGGAAGAACCAGCUGCUCCUAGAGUUCAGUUUCUGGAAUGAACCUGUCCCCCGGUCAGGACCUAACAUCUAUGAACUCAGGUCUUACCACCUCCGACCAGGAACCAUGAUUGAGUGGGGCAAUUACUGGGCCCGUGCAAUUCGUUUCCGACAAGACAAUAAUGAAGCAGUGGGAGGAUUCUUCUCUCAGAUUGGGCAGCUAUACAUGGUGCAUCAUCUUUGGGCUUACAAGGAUCUGCAGAGCCGGGAGGACACGCGGAACUCAGCCUGGCACAAACCCGGCUGGGAGGAGCUGGUGUAUUACACAGUCCCACUCAUUCAGGAAAUGGAGUCACGAAUCAUGAUCCCUCUGAAGACCUCUCCCCUGCAGUAAAGCUAGAGAAUGAGUCUGUACCCACGUAAAUGUCUGUGGCAAGUAUUUGUCAUGAAUUAAUUUAAUUGUAUAUCAAGUGAAAAAAGAAACUGAAUUAUAGAUGACUGUACAUAGCUUACAGGAGGCCUCUUCUCUAAAGCUGACAUAAUCAUGAGAAAGGAGACCGUAUUACAGAGACUGUAGCAGUGCUCUGCCGGCCUGAGACCCCCCCAUAAAUUUGUCAAACCAACUGUGGAAGACUUAGCCUUCCCUCCCUCCCUGCCAGAUUAAAAUUGGAAUCAUUUCAGAAUAAGAUUCCAACCAUGAAAAAAAACCAACCAUUUCUUUCUAAAAAGCAAAUGCAUUUUUUAAUCACAGGUUUUGACAAAUUUCUUGUACUCAGAAGAAAUAUGAAUUUUAUCAUGUUUCUCAAGCAGUUUUCCCGAGUCUCAAGCUAGGCACUGUUGUGAGUGUACCCAGCACUGGAGAUGUUUGAAUUCACUCUCCUUUCUCACCAAUCGGAAUAGAGCCGGCCAUGGAAGACAAGGCGCAUUUAACUAGUAAUUCGCACAGGCCACGUGGCGCCCCCAUGACGGGGAAAGAAGGCCUGAACCUGUGUACCAUAUGUGAUUUUUGAAAUGAACACCUUGAAUAGCACUAAUUUUUAUUUGUCAUAUUUUUCUAUAAAACAAGUAGUACUUGGCAAAGAGGUUUUAUUUUGUAAAGAAUCACUUGUAACCUCCGUCGGUCCCCAGUAAGGGUUUCAGGACGCACAGUGGACUCCCGAGAUGGUGUGGAGGGCAGUGCAUGAUGAGGUUUUAGUCGGCCUAAAGCUGCAUACAGUGCUUGGCCUCGCUCUGUGUGAUUUCCUUUUAACACAGUGUGCCAGUCUCCUGACUGUAAUCAUGUGAGUGACCCGGUGAACUGAAAAAUUCCAUCUGCCCCACAAGUUGAAGACUUUAUGUGUAAAAUAAAGCGUGCAGAAAUCUCAUAUCAGAUGUCAAACUUACAUGUGAAUGGUUUCCUCCAAGAAAAUACCAAAGUCAAUAAACCCCUCUCAGUUUUCACAUA